CCUGCCCGGUCCUCCCGGUGCGUCCGGCCCCGUUCCCGGUGCCUCCUUCGGGAUGCUCCGGCGCCGCGGAGCCUUCAGCGUGGAGCCGCUCCGGGGGCCUGUCUCCGGCUGGGGUGGUUAUAAAAGGGAGCGCCGGGAAGCACACCCGGCCCUCGGCUCCGGCGCUUGGGAUGUGGGGUGGCUCCCGUGCCGGCUGGAAGAGGAGGUUCAGCUGCUAUGGUCCCUGGGAGGCGGCAGAGAGCUGCGUGGUCCACACCUCGGCCAGCGUGUACCGACGGCUGCAGGAGAGCCCUCGGGGGGCGCUGAGCCCCCCCCGGUGCGACUCGGAGGACUCCGGGCUGGACAUGGGCAGCACUGAGCACUCCCCGUCCCCCCCCGCCGGCUCCGAGAGCCGCUUCCCCCUGGACGGGCUCGCACCGGAGCGGACCCCGGUCACGGAGCCCCCCCGGAGGCCGGCGCAGCGCAGCCGGAGGCAGCGGGUGCUGGGCCGAGGGCACCGCGGGGCCGUGAAGCCCCUUCGGGAGCCGGAGGAGCCGGCACCGGAGCCCCCCGGUGGGGCCGAACCGGGGCAGGGGCUGCGGUACCUGGAGCACGUCUGUCAGAUGCUGGAGCGCUUGGCCAAGCUGCAGCAGGACAACCGGCUCCUGCGGCAGCAGGCGGGGGGCGCCCGGAGCAGCCGCCCGGACACCACGCACAGCCGGGAUGCAGCCGGGAGGAAGGGGGAAAGGUUCCGGCCGCGCUCCUGCUCGGACAGCCAGGCUGCAGCCCCUGAUGCUGCCCCGUGCCGCAGGACAUGGGGGUACUCAGCCAGCUCCCCCAGCCUGCUGGACCCCACCGACAGCGCAGCGGCUGCCCCCGCACUGGACAAGGACGGGCGCUCGCACUGGGGGCGGGUGAAGGAGCUGCUCACCCGCCUGACCCGGCGCUCGCUGCGGGGGGGCCGCUGCAGGUAGGGCCGGGGCCGGGGGGGGUCCUGCUCCUGCUGCUGCCAAUGGAUGGAGGAGCCGUGCUGCACCCAUUGUGUCACACCCUCUGUAUGACGUCACACCCCGCUGUAUGACGUCACACCCACCCGGGGCCGGCCCCCGGCCCGAUGCCCCCCCCCCCCCCCCUCACUUUUACC